CUGAAUCCAACAAAACUGAGAAACGUGUACAUGGAAGGCCAAAAAGUAUAGUAUGGGAUCAUUUUUAUGAGAAUGGACCCAAAAUUCAUGGACAUAUUGGUAGUAUAUGCAAGUAUUGUGAAGGCAUGAAAGAAUCUGGAAGACCAUCAGCUAUGAUAGCCCAUCUUGCAUUACAAUGUAUUCAGGUUCCAGCUUUAGUACGACAAAAUUUUUUACAAAUAAUUGCAAGUUCAAAUGAUGAAGUUAAUGAACAAAGACAAUCAAAGUUGUGUGAUAAUGCAUUAACAAGAUUUUUUGUAUGUUGUAGCAUAUCAUUUGCAACAGUUGAAAAUUUAUUUUUUUUGGAUUUCAUUAAAAAUUUGUGUCCUGCUUAUAACUCACCAGAUUGUAGGACAUUGAGUACAGGGUUGAUAGAUAAAGAGGUUGCAAGAAUUAGUAUUUCAAUUGAGAAAGAAUUAAAAGUGAAGAAAACUUAUCCUUGGGAUUUUUCAGAUUAUUCUCAUACUGGUGCAUUUUUUGCUGAAGAAAUUGGGCCACAAAGAUUUUCUGCUGUCAUUAGUGAUGGUGCAAGCAACAUGCAACUAGCAAAAAGAAUAGUUACAGAACAAUAUCCACAUAUAUUAUCUAUACAAUGUGUAGCACAUCAUGUAAACUUAGUUUUUUCAGAUAUUGUUAAAAAAAUUAGUUUUGGCAAGAAUGUUUUAUCUCAAUGUCAAAAGUUUGUGAGUUAUUUUCAAGGUUCUUAUAAAGCAGGCGCACAACUUCGUAAUGAAAUAGUUGAAGCAUUCAUUAUGGGUGGAGGUCUUAAGUCAUCAGUGGUAACAAGAUGGAGCAGUACAUGGGAUUGCUUAAAUGAUAGGAAUUUUUGGGCAAAUGUUGAAUGCCUUACAAAUGUAUUAUCACCUGAAAAAAAGGCUGUUAAAU